CCAACUUGCUGUCAACAUCAGAUGUCCAGGACAGAAGUUCCAUCAAGGUCAUCUUUACAUCAGUUGCACCUGCACAGCCUGUUGUCUCCCUGCCCCCUCCCUACUCAGCUGCUGCCACUUCCCGCUGUCUAAAUGACUCCUUAUCUCUCUCAUCUGGAAGCUCCGUCAAUACUGACAUACUGUCUUCUCCUGAGUCCACGUCAAGAUCAUCUGGAUGGCCCCCUGUCUUCAUUGUGCCCCGGUUCUCUUACGACACUGAACUACAGCUGGACAGGGCCAACGCUACUUUCAAAACGGACGGAACAUUGUUGAGUCCUGACAACAAACUUAAAUCUGCCAUUCUUGAUGGCUUAGCUGAGAAGAUUAUAGAGUACAAAGUCUACCUCUCUGACAGUGAGUUUGAGGAGGUAGCAAAAGCUCUUGUCUCAUCACAUCCAUGUUUGAAAGAACCCGGUUCUUUCACUGGAUAUGGCGGAUGGAAGACGAGCUUGAAAUAUAAACUUGCUAACUACCGAACAAAGCUUAGGCGGCUUGGAUGCCCCGAAGUUGUAGUAAAUGCCCUAAAACACAAACCUGAUGGCAAAUGCAGUCCUGCCUAUGGUGUGAAAAAGCCGAAAAAAGCAGAGGUGAAUUACUGCCCCACCUACCCAUCCGGGGAAACGGCAGAGACGCUUGAAAAGUUAAGAGUGACCCUUCUCUCAGAAGUAAUACAAAGGAAUAAUGAGGACAAGGUGGCAACAUUGAUGGAAAAGACCUUUGCAUGCAGAAGGCAAGAGGUUGUUCGGCAGGCACCAUUGAUAGCCGAUUUCAAAACCAGGUGGCCGGCUCUCUUCCAUGUGCGUGAGGUGAAUGCAGAAUUUAAGAGAAUCACAACAAUUAAUUUGCAAUCCAAGUUCUUCUCUUCGCUGGAUAUUCACUCUACAAGCCUGAUCGACGUGUAUACCAAGAAAGGUGGAGUUCAAGGGAAGAAGAUCAAAAGCAUCAUGCUUCCCAUAACCCAGACUAACAGCAUUGACGUGAGACGCGAAUGCAUCCUCAAAGGUCUUUGUGUCUACUUCAAUGAAGAUCCAGAGAAGCUGGUGAAGGAAUACAUGAGCAUCGACAACAGCAGUCAAACGGCAGAGACGGUCUUCGGAAUAUUUGUCAUUCGACACGAAGGUGCAGAGCCUGGGGAUGACCCCGAGAACGUUGGGAUCAUUCUGGAGGGGGUCGAAGUGUUGGAUGAGUUGGGAAACGUAUCUUUUGCGGUGGCGAUGAUGUUUGCUCUCGUGUAUGCUCUAAACUUGAGCUACCCUCCAGAGCUGAAGUUUACAUUUGAAGCACUGCAGAAAAUAAUGAUGGAGCUAGAUGGAAACAGACUAUCCACAAAAGGACAAGUCCUCAAAACAUUGCUUUCCCGUGCCUAA